GACGGUGCGAGAGGGCGGCCAUGGCGGCAGCGGGCGGCGGUGGAGGCGCAGCGGCGGUGACGGCAGCUGAGGGCGAUGGCGGCGCCGGCCUGGCCGUGCCCGCGGCCCCAGGCCGCGCCCACGUGUUCUCCACCGUGGUGGACACGUUCCUGGAGAAGCUAGUGACCGCCGGGAGCUACCAGAGAUUCGCCAGCUGCUACCGCUGCUUCUACAAGGUGCAGCCCCAGCUGACUAGGAGCAUCUACGAUCAGUUCAUCUCUCAGCUGCAGUCGUCCAUCAAGGAGGAGAUCCAUGAGAUAAAAAAUGAAGGGAAUCUGGAGGGGCUUUUUAACUCACUGGAUAAGAUCGUGGAGGAAGCGAAGGACCGGGAGGAACCGGCGUGGCGCCCCAGUGGGAUCCCGGAGGAGGAUGUCCGAAGUGCCCUGGUGCCCUACCUGCUGAAGCACCGCUCCUACCUGCGCAAGGUGCUCGGGGAGAAGGAGGAGGAGAACAGGAAGGUGGCCAAGUCCGUGCUGGCAGGGCGGGACAGGAUUGCAGAGCUGCAGCAGCUCAUCCAGGCUCGCAAACAAGCCUGGCAGGCAAUUGGUAAAGAGCAGCGAGAGCUCAUCACGACAUUCCAGGAGCCCCAGUGAGGCCGUGGGGAGUCUCCCGGGUGGGAUGUGCUCAGCCCCCCAAACUCAGAACUGCCCCAUCAGGCCACUGCCCUGGGACUGGAAAAGCUGGCACAAUGUGAUCAGAUUUGGUGAAGAAACAAAAAUACAUUGGGAUCUUUGGAAACAGAUGGCAAUUCCCUAUUCCCCGCUCUGCUCGACAAGGAGGAGAGUCCCAAGAAUGUGUCUGUACGCUCACCUGGUCCCUCCCUGCUGUGACAGCCCUGAUUCCAGCUACUAAAGCCACAUUUCGGGCCUUGUAGGUAUUUUAGCUGCAUGUUAGACAAAAACCAGUGCCUUGUGCCCCAAGCUGGGCUAUGGCCAGGCCUGGUAGCAGGAGCACAUGCAGCCCAGGGCAGGUUCCAGCUGCCACAGCCUGUGAGGCAGCCGACGUUCUUGCCCGUGUUUGCCGGUUCGUUCAGUCUCCGUGUGCUCACGGACGUGGCAGCAGCUGCUCCUCCAAGUCCCUCCUUGCCGUUUAUUUUGUUUUCCCAAGUUAUUCUCCAGCCCUGCUCCCCUUCCAGCAGCACGAGGGAUCUGGGCAUGUGCUGUUGGCAUGCAGGGUUUGGAACGGCCUUCCCUCAGCUCCAUGGGCUCAUGGCACAGGGGGUUUAAUGUUUCCCUCUGGAACCUCCUGGAACCAGACUGAUUUUACCCAUCCGGAGUUGUCUGUUAUGGCCUCGUUGGAAGUUUGCCUGGCUGGGAAAGUGAGGGCUCCCGGGAUCUGCCUGGUGAAGCCCCACGAAUGACAAAGUGUCUUCAGCGUGGAGGAAAGGUCAUCCCUUGAGGCUGGGCAGGGAAUGAGGAAAGUCCCCUGAGGACUGAAGGGGCAGCCACCGAGGGCAGCAGGUUCCAGGUCACCUGUCUGGGACAGCCCCAGGGAGAGGCUGUGCCCUGGGACAAACCCAGAGCAGCAGCGGCCGCUCGCACCACGCCCUGGCCUCCUUGCAAUUAGAGCCCUGGACGGAGCAGCUGCUGCAGUUUCCCCUCGCCGCGCUGGAAUCUGAAUAAAUUGGGGCUGUUGUUCGUG